GUUAUUUCUUCAUCUCUUGCACCUCCUCCGAGCCUGGACAGAAUACACUGAGGACAUUCUAAACAUUAAGGUGUCUGCGUCUGUGUCUCAGUAUGGAGUGGUGUCGGCUACAAACUGGAUGACUGGAUAACUACUACAUCCAGCAUUUAAAGUGCCCUGUUGCCGUGACAACUCCUGACCACUGUCAUGCUCUGACCUCCCAUUUUGUCUCUACCUGUACACACCCUAUCUUUUGCUCUUCUCUUCUGUCUCACGUGGUCCCUCCCUUCCCCAUUUCCCUCUAUUUUCCUCUUUUCUCUCACCUCCUUUUCUUUUUCUCUUUUUCUUUCUUUUUGCCGAGCUUUACCUCAGUCCUCUAAGAACCUAACCUUUUGAGCCAACUUUGGCCUGAAAGCCAAGAUGAGCUGGCUAAGUCGUUUAACUCCCAGGGGUACGGAUGGACGGAACAGCCGGAGCGUUGCCCCAUCUAGCCCAUGCACUGCUGACCCGGAGACAUGCCUGAUAGUGUUUGAGAACCAUUGGAGACAGGUGUCCUGGGUGUUGGAGCAGAAGGACCCGGCGGCUGGUGGAGCUGAUGAUCUUACAGCUGUAAGGAAUCACACGGAUCAGAUGCUGUGUCUGCUGGCAGAUGAAAGACCAGCAGGGGGCGACGGUGAUCCAACAGCUGUCGGCCCCAUUCUGCAACUGGUGGUGUCUGAAAACAUCCUGGAGCGACUGGUGCAGUGGCAUGUGCGUCGUGGUCUGGACCCUGAGAGCCAAACUGCUUUGCUAAAGCUUUUUGAGAUGCUGAUUAGCCAAUCCCAUCAGGCUCUGCUUCAGCAUAGUGCUGUGCUGCAGCCUCUGCUAAGCCUGUUGGGAAUUUGCGUCGACCCUCAGCUCGGCUGCCCACCCAACUUGGAGGCCAGCCUAGUUCUUCUGCUUAACCAGGUGUGUGUAUCCAUGGCAAGGCAGCCUGCAGUGUUGGAACUGCUGUUUAGAUGUGGGGCGGUGCAACAAGGUCCCACCAAUCUUCUAAUCUUCUCUUUACUGGUACCGUUCAUUCACCGAGAUGGAGUUCUGGGCCAACAAGCCCGCGAUGCCUUGCUGUUGGUCAUGGCUACUUCUGCCAGCAACCAUGCCGUGGCCCGCUACAUCACUGAGAACUCCUACUUCUGUCCGGUGCUGGCGACUGGUCUGAGUGCUCUCUACUCCUCCCUGCCACGGAAGAUUGAAGUGCGCAGUGAUGACUGGCAUGCUCUUCAUAGGGAAGACUGGAUGGGCGUUUCCUCUUUGGUGCUUUUUAUGAACAGUUUAGAGUUCUGUAACGCUGUGGUUCAAGUUGCACACCCACUCGUCCGCUGCCAGCUUCUUGACUACCUCCAUAAUGGCUUUCUGGUGCCAGUCAUGGGUCCAGCCCUGCACAAGUCAUCUGUUGAUGAGAUGAUAGCAAGCACGGCCUAUCUUGACUUGUUUCUGAGAAGCAUCACAGAGAAAGCCCUCCUCAAGACUUUCCUCCGUUUCAUACUCCUGCAUCGACAUGACAAUGACACAAUCCUCGAUACGCUGCUCACACGCAUCAGCAGCAACUCACGGCUGUGCAUGGUCUCUCUCAGUCUCUUCAAGACUUUGCUCUCCCUCAACUGUGAAGAUGUCAUGCUCCAGCUUGUUCUCAGGUAUUUGAUGCCCUGCACGCAUGUAAUGCUGAGUCAGCGGCGGGCUGUACGAGAGACUGACCUCUAUGGCAAAUCGGCUGAUAAGUUCCUGUCACUUAUACCAGAGUGCUGUCGAAUCACGGGAGCCAGUAAUGAGAGGGAAGAGGAACCCGUCCUCCGGGGCAAGGUGUUGGGAAGCCCCACUUCAGACUCUCCUAUUCACCCUAAGCCCAACACUCCAUCCCGCUUGACGCUCUUCAUUCGUCAGCAAAGCACAGCCAAUGCGUCCUCCACUGGUGCUCCUGACAACACUCCCUCUUCUCCCCGUGGCAGCGUUUCCACACCAUUAUCCAGUAGUCCAAUGCACCAGGCUACAGAUACAACUGAAUCUGAGUCUGGCUACCUGGAGUAUCUUCGAGAUGCCCGCAGGGGAAUUGAAUUCUGCUCGUGGGCCUGUCGGGACUGGUCAGCCCCUUAUGAUGGUGAAAACCCAUCUCCCAACUCAUCACCACCUCCACCACCACCUCCUACAUCGAACCCAUCGCUCAGUGUGGUGCCUGAGCACUUCUCCUUGCAGCAGCCUGGGCCUAAAGACAACCAGCAGAGGGCAGCCACCGUGGCAGCAACACGAGCAGAAUGGAGUAUCUCAGAUAGGAAUAGUGACGAGUGGGACGUCACGAUCAGCAAGAACUGCAUCAGCCUCACACCUCGCAGUAAGAAACGUAGCCUACUGCCUAGUUCAGUUCCUCUGCAGCCUUCCUCAUCAACCUCAUCAUUGAUCACAGGGGCCCCUUUAGGACCUGCAGAACCUGCAUGUCCGCACCCCUAUGCAGACCCACAUCAAGCACUUUGUAACGGCACUGGGAAGGCAGAUCAGUGCUUAGACAUGCCAGAUGGAGGGAUGGAGGUGAAAAAGGUGAAAAGAGAUGCCGAUGCCAAUGGGCGAGUUGUGGAAACUGGUUUAAAUGGAGGGGUAGGUACAGUCUCUACUCAAUCAAGUUUCACCUUGCAAAGAGAGCGCAGUUCAGUGAUGAAACAACCUCAGGUACAAUCCGCUGUGCUUCCACAGACACAAACAAGCCCUGCUAACCUGCAGUCCUUGUCUCGAGAAUGUAACUCAAGUGAGGGUCAAAGAUUGUCUCAAGCCUCAGGCCAAAAUGAAAAUUCAAUGCCAAAUUCUAGUAGCAAGGGACUGGAGUCAGUUGAAAGUCUGAUUGAGGAACUUUUGGAACAGGUGCCCUCUGAACCUCCGUCUAGAGAAUCUAAUGGCCAGGGCAUCAGCAUUGAAAUGUUUCACCAGGAGCUGAGAGAACUAGAAGAGAGAGUAAAAGAAAGACGGGUUCACACACGAAGCUUUGAGGAGUUCACUGAAGAUUUUUCAACUUUUUCCCCUGGUUCAAACCGGACAGAUGAGGAGUGUCCAUCUUUAGAGGCCGAGCAGGGAGCUGGAGAAACAAAGCCUGACGGCCCUAACACAGCAACGUUUAGUCCAUCGCGACCCCUAGGACAACCUGUUGCACAACCAUACAUAGGUCCUUUUCUGACCGUGCUCUUUUCAAAGCUGGAGAACAUGAUGCAGAAUUCUUUGUACGUGAACGUUCUGCUGACUGGCAUCGUUUUCCAGCUUGCCUGUUACCCACAGCCUCUCCUCCGCUCCUUUCUUCUUAACACAAAUAUGGUGUUCCAGCCCAGUGUUAAGUCUCUCGUACAGGUGCUUGGUUCUGUCAAGAAUCGAAUUGAGGCAUUUGCUGCAGUGCACGAGGAAUUUCCCGCCUUGCUGAGAAAGGCUCGCCGCUUUCUUGUGACGCGAGGCAAACUAGACUGGACUGAUUCACCCGCGGGAGUGCCCCCUCUUCGCCGAUAUGACUCAAUGGUGAAGAGUCGGAAGCCGUCUCUGGGCGAGCUUAUCCUGAGGCACACUAACAGCCCGACACGAGCGCGACAUGCAGCUCAGGCAGCUCUGGCACACGUGAGGGACGGUGGGCAUUCUCUGCACAGCGCUCUAUUCCGUGGCGUGGUGGCUGCAACAGGAACAUCCAGUCUGGAGAAGCAGGCUGAAGCACUGCGGGUGAAGAACACUGUUUACUGUGCAGUUAUCUUCUCAGAGUUUCUCAAGGAGCUGGCAGCCCUGGCACAGGAGCAUGCAGUGGCUAUUCCCUUCCCACCCAGCCAGGGCACUGAGGAAUGAGGUGCACUGCUCAAGCUGCUGUUUUUUUUUUUGUUUUUUUGUGUUUUUUUUAAAAGGGAAAAGUAAGAAUUUAAGACACGUGUAAUUUUAUGUUUAUAGUCAUUUUUAAAUGUACAGCAAAUGUAAGAGGUUUAUUAGUAAAGCUUUAGCAGGUUGUGCAUAUAAAUCUUGUAUAU